AGUAGCGCAGACGAGGCGUGUCUGGCGCCAGCUGAGACCACAUUACGGCUCGCCAGCGGCGCCACCUGCGCCUUGAGUCUCUGCAGAAGGCAGACAUCGAGUGUCCUGUGGCCGUCUGGUGUUUCAUGAAAUGACUGACCUCUGCAGCGCCGAUCGUCUUCUCCUGCUACUGCUCUUGUUGGGUGCAUCCUGCUCCGAGGCCGCUGACACAGGAAGCCAGUCUACUACGGCCGUGGAAGCGUCGCGCUGGCUGUGCAACAACACGCAGGUGGAGCCUGGAGGGCGGGAGGUGAGCUGCGGCGACGGCUGGUGCGUGGCGGAGAGUGCUCUGUGCAACGGCGUCCCGGACUGCGCCGGCGGCGAGGACGAGGGCGUGCCGCACUGCGGAUGCCUACCCAAUGAGUUCCGGUGCAGUAAUUCGUGCAUCGACCUCGUGCAGCGCUGCGACCGCGACGUCGAUUGCCCGAACGGCGAAGAUGAGGACGGCUGCGAGUCAUUCGUCUGCCCAGUGACGCACUUCAAAUGCGCCAACCACUUCUGUGUGCCUGAGGACGCCGUCUGCAACUUCGGAGACGACUGCGGUGACGGCUCGGACGAACAAAGCUGCUCGCACCGGUCUUGCUGGAAGUCGGAGUUCCGGUGUGACAACGGAGAGUGCAUCCGUCCUGGCUUCGUGUGCGACGGCGUCGUCGACUGCAAGGACGCCAGCGACGAGGUGCACUGUACACCAGCCGAGUUCCGCAUUUGUGGCGACGGAACGCGAGUUCACAAGUUCUUCUGGUGUGAUGGUUGGCCACACUGCCACGACAACCACGCCGACGAACUCAAUUGCACCGAGUGCAGAGGUCAGGACGAAUAUCUCUGUCCAAACGGCCGCUGCAUCAGGCGCGCCAAUGUCUGCGACUCAUACUGCGAUUGCGUUCCGGCUUCCAGAGGGCAACCAUGCGCAGACGAGGUGGACUGCGCAGGCAGAUAUCUCAAGGAGUACGGAGUCAGUGUCUGCACACCAGGUGAAACAUUGUCGUGUGUUCUGCCAUCCAACAAGAAGCACCGAGAGGAACGUUGUAUCUCAUCAGACUUUAUAUGUGACGGCUAUAAUGACUGUCAUAACGGAAGAUAUAUCUCCGAUGAAUUUGGGUGUGACUCGUUUAAAUUGGUCUCUACAGAAGAUCUGUUCAAUUGUUCUGAGGGACGUGCUAUACCCCUGUCCCUCGUGUGUGAUUUCAAACGAGACUGUCUGAAUGGAGAAGAUGAACAGUUCUGUGGAAAAAAGAGUUGCUCAGUAAAAGAAUUCACUUGUGCUAAUGGACAAUGUAUUCCAUUGGAGCUGGUCUGUGAUCUGAGUUUUGAUUGUUGGGAUAAGACUGAUGAAAUGAACUGCACAAAUCAGAAGUGUUCUCAAGGAUAUCGGAAAUGUAGAUACAAUGGUCAGUGCAUCCCUGCAACUUGGUGGUGUGAUUACAGUAUAGACUGCUUUGAUGGCAGUGACGAAGAGGAAUGUGAAUCUGGACAGCAUGCUUGCAAAUCCAAUGAAUUUCGCUGCAACAAUGGUCAAUGUGUACCUGCUGACCUACGGUGUUUCAAAUCCGGUAUUGAUCAUGCUGCAUGUGCUGAUGGAUCUCAUCUGUUUAACUGUGAUAACUGGACGUGCCCUGAUGGGACUUUCAAAUGUAGAAAUGGUCCUUGCCUGAACAAUUCUUUAGUGUGCAAUAGGAACAUUGAUUGCAAAGAUACUUGGGUGGAUGAAGAUCACUGCCCAUUUGAAUGCUGUAGUGACAGUCGCUGUUUCUGUCUGGACACAAAAAUUAACUGCAGUACUCUUGGCCUGAAGACUCUCCCAGAUGGAAUUGAAAUUCAAAUAAAUCGCUUCUACAUGGCCAAUAACUUGCUGAACUACUCACUCAAUGUUGAUACCUUCUCAAAACUAGACCGGCUGUUAUACUUGGAUCUGAGAAACAACAGUAUUUCAUGGCUACCUCCAAUGAUGUUUCGUAAUCUGUGGCGACUGCACAUCCUCAAUUUACAGAAUAACAACUUAUCUGUAAUUAGCAAUGGUACAUUCUUUGGAUUACCUAAACUUGGAACACUUCAUCUACAUGGUAACAACAUCCAGAGCUUAGAGCCAAUGGCCUUUUAUGGUCUCUCUUCACUGAAAGCACUUGAUCUUAAACGCCAAAGGAUAAGCAACAUUUCCCAUGGUGCUUUCAUUGGGCUACGUAGCUUAGUGACACUUGACAUGUCAUACAACUGUAUAGCUUAUCUAACAGAUGGAACACUGAUUGGAAUGCCCAAGCUGGAGACACUGGAUCUGAGUGGUAACAGCAUUAGAACUGUUGGCAGUACUGUCUUCAAGAGUGUAAGGUCCCUGAAGAGAUUAACAACUGAUGAAUACAGAUUCUGCUGCUUGGCACGACAUGUUAGUGUCUGCAUGCCACCACCUGAUGAGUUUUCUUCAUGUGAAGAUCUUAUGUCUAAUUUGGUACUUCGUGUAUGUGUAUGGAUCCUUGGCAUCAUGGCAACUUUAGGAAACACAUUGGUCAUUGUGUGGAGAAAGUGUUUCAGGCAUCCUAAUAAGGUUCAUUCGUUCCUUAUCACCAAUCUUGCUAUAGGAGAUUUAUUAAUGGGAGUUUACCUUCUCAUAAUUGGAAGUGCUGAUACUUACUACCGUGGAGUUUAUUCCGUUCAUGAUCGUGACUGGAGAAGUAGUGGAUUGUGUCAUACUGCAGGAUUUCUUAGCACCUUCUCUAGUGAAUUCUCAGUGUAUACACUCACUGUUAUUGCUUUGGAUAGAUUCUUGGUGAUACUAUUUCCAUUUCAUGUGAGGACAAUGAAAAUGACAAAAACCCGAAUAUUGAUAGCAGGAGGAUGGUUGGGUGCUGCAUUUUUAUCAGGUCUUCCGUUUAUACACAUCAGCUAUUUUAAGAAUUUUUAUGGAAGAUCUGGAGUUUGCCUUGCACUUCACAUAACACCACAGAAAUAUAAUGGAUGGGAAUAUUCAGUGUUUGUAUUCCUCUUCUUGAAUCUGGCAUCAUUCUCUGUUAUUGCUGUUGGGUAUACGUCAAUGUUUGUGAUAGCGAGGACAACUCAACAAGCAGCACAAAUGAAUCAGAAAACUGCUGAGUCAGCAGUGAUUGCCCGCCGAAUGACUCUUAUUGUUGCUACAGAUGCAGCUUGCUGGAUGCCUAUCAUAUGCUUGGGGAUACUGUCUUUGGCAGGAACGACAGUCCCUCCACAGGUUUACGCAUGGAUAGCUGUAUUUGUUCUACCACUAAACGCAGCUAUCAAUCCUAUUCUUUACACAAUAUCAACUACACCUUUCCUAGAACCAACUCUAAAAGGACUGAAGACUUUGAAGAGGUCAUGCAGGCUGUCGCUUACAACUGAACAGCACCACACAUACUCAUCUGUUACAGCCUCUGAACAUCAACAUGAUUAUAAUCUCCAUGGCCAUCCAUUUAUGAUUGAUGCUGGUCAUUCAAUUGGAAACGACAAAUACAAAAAGAAACAACAAGAAAAUUGUAAUGAUACCAGUGAAGAGGACGGAGAACAUUUCUUUUCUGCCAGUGAAUGCCAACAGCAUCUACACCUCACUUCUAAGAACUGUCACACAGAAGCAAUGUGUCAUUCCUUCCCAUCAGCUGAGUUGGUGAUGUCCAACUCACACUUCAGUGAGAGAUGUACUUACCCUGACAUCCAAGUUCAGGUUGAACUUCUACCAUUGCAACAAAUGCCUGUGGAUAUGUGACUGCAUGGCUUAGCAGAUUUGUGAUGGCUGCUAAUCAGUGGACGAUUUUAUGAGAAAGUAGGAUUUCUUGGCAAAUUUCUUUGAUGUAAUUUUCUUGAGUUGCAACAACACAACUCUGCUGAUAAUCUGAGAAAAUUUCAUUAAUGGAUGAUUAAUUAUAUCCUCUGAAGAUGAAACACUAGGAAGAAAAACACUCAACAAUUAAUUGUACACAUCUGACAGUGAGUGAAAAUAAAAACAUUGUAGUGUCUGCUGAAACUUUUGUGGUUAAAAAUACUAGUUUUGUGAAAUACAAAGGUAACAGUAGUGUGCCCCCAUGUGUAAGAGAACAUGAGAAAUGACAUUGGUAAACUAUACAGAAGUAAAGUUUUUGCAUUAACAAGAGUGUCUGAGCCACCUGGAUCAUUGCAUGUUAUAUUCAGUUUACAGGUAUUCUGUACUAGGAAUUUUGUAAUUUUUUAGGCAUGAGAAAACCACUUUAUUGAUUUUGUGUGUGUGUGUGUAUGUGUGUGUUAGGUAUUUGACUCCACCAUAAUAAGUUCUGUUACCUUUAUGUAUGACUAAUUUUAAUUUCAUCACCAUAAAAUAUUUUUCAGGGAUGUAUCUGGACUGAUAUAUAUAUUCUGUCAUAGUCUCUGCAUGAUACAUGGUGGUUUCAUGCUUAUCAGCACAACUGAAAACAAUGACACUUUAAAAAAUCAUUCAAACAAACUAGACAGAAAGAUGAAUAUCUACUAUAAGGAAACUUCCUGGGAUAUUAAAAGUGAGUGCCAGAAUGGGACACAAAACUUGAACCUCUGCCUGCCAUAGGCAGUUCCUCUACUGAAUGAGCUACCAAGAUAGAGCAGUUGCUGACAAAAGGCAAAGGUGCUGGGAUCAUGUCUUGGUCCAGCACACUGCUUUAAUCUGCCAGGAAGUUUCUGAUCGGUAUAUAUUUUGCUGCAGACAAAAAAUUCAUUCUGGAACUGCCAUAUUCUUCAAAUUAAAUCUUGUCAGCUAGAACACAUCCUCAUCAGGUGUUUGUAUAGUCUACAUAUAAUCAGAGGUUUGUGUAUUCUCAAAAUCUUUAAUUUUAUUGCCCAGAAUUAUAUAUGGUCAGAUAUAAGUUUCAUUCUUGAUGAACUUGAAGGUUCCUGAUUGGACUGUGCAUGAAAAAAAAAGAAUGUAGAAUUUGCAAAUUGGUCUUAAUGACAAGUAACAAUGUUUUACACAAAGUCAAACUUGCACAUAUGAUAUUAUAACUUAUAGUUAAAAUCAUCUUAACUACCAUAAAAUGAGGUGAAUCUGAUCAAAACGGCAGUUAAAAAAAAAAAAAUUGUAUGUUAAUUUUGCAAUCUUGAUAAUGAUAUAUUCAUUUAUUUUGUUAUUGUUAGUUCAUAAUUACAGUUAUUAUUUUAAGUUAAUUGUUGAUCAGUUUCACCUCCUCAGUUGUGGUGAAUCUUGUCCCCAUUGUAUUUUGUAUGCAAGAACGGGAUCAGACUUCUGAUGGAGUGAAUCCGAUCACUAUUUUGAUUUUUGAGAAAUAUAUCAUCUUGUAUUUGCACCAAAAUUUUACAAUUUCUAGACUAAACAAAUUUUUACAAGCACAUUAAAUUUGAGGUUUUUGCUAUAAUAACACUUAUAUUCACGAAAUUAGACAUAUGAAUAUUAAUUUUUAGUUACUGUAUAUCAUAAUAAAUGUGAAGAGUAUUUACUCAUUGUCAUAAUCAUGUGUCCCUUCAAAAAUAAAAUUAGCUCAUCUUGUUCUGGAACAAGUUUUUUCAAUAUUUUGGGCUCUUUAGACUUCAGUUGCAUUGUCUGUAUCUGGAAAGACAAAAUAAACAUUACCAUCAAGAACUUUCUUUCUCAGAAAUGUCAUUUCAUAGGUGCCACUAGAGAUGCUUUCAGUUUUACCAAUAAGAAACCUGAACCUUUUUUCUGUACAAAAUUUUACUAUUGUGAAACCAUUUUCUUUAAAUUCAUGCCAAUCUUUAUCCUUCUCCUUGUCUGUUUCUUCAAUUUCAUUUGACUCAUGCUGUUCUAGAUCACUAUUGGAUGUUCCAGAUAGGGACUCCCUGCUUGCAGUCCCGUCACUAUCAUUUUUGUUGAAGCCGCUUGUAACAAUUCCUGUUCCUGUAGUUAAUGCUAGGCAAUUCGCUUGGUGCCGCUUUCCUUUUAUUUCAUCAGAGCGAACCUGUUUCAUUUGCAUUUUGAAGACUGCUGCCCAAGAAACUUCUGAUGAGCUGGUGCCAUGAGCAUUGUCAUUGGUUGCUUCUGGAAUCCAUGAAAUGACUUUACCAGGGCAGAAAAAAAAUUCCUGUUUUUCUGAAUCCUGAUAUUACAUUUGUUUUGGAUGUGAUAGCUAUAUUUUGAAAGGUUGUUUUUCAAUAACCUUGGAAAUUCACAUUUUGGUACUGCUCCUCUAUUCUUCCUUUUCCAAUCAUUUGGCACAUUCCUCCAAGCAAAUUUUAAAGGUCUAAAAAAGAACACAUCAAGUGACUGACACAAAUGACUAGAAUUAGGUGGUUGAAGCACAAAUGUAAUGUCCUGUUCCUGGCACAAUUUAAUCAUGUUAUAUGACAGAUGACUCGAGACAUUGUCACCUAUAAUCACUUUAGGUCCCUCUAAUUUCUGGGUACAAGACCAGACAAUUUCAACAAACCAUGAUUCAAAUACUUUUAGUUCAAACCAACCACUUUGAUUCCUAUUAUAACAUGCACUAGUUGUUCAUCCUUCAGUCCAAGUGUUUUAGAGGUGUUUUGCCCUAUAAUCUGUGUAUGGUGGGUGGACUGAGCCACUUGCAGCUGCUGCUAGCACUAUCCACUAUCCUUUCAGGAUGUCUUGUGCCUCACUUCACUAUUACUUUCACUUGUCCUGGAUUAUCACGAAAGUUUAUAAUGUUGGAGGGAGGGACAUCACUCAAGGUCACUUCCAGGUUUUUGAAAUAAUCAGUCAUUAUUUCUCAGCUAACUGCUACCUUUGCCAUCUUCACAUUCUCACUUACUCUAACUGUUAGUUCUUUAUUUCUUUCCAGAAAUGAUUUUACCCACUCAUGCCCAGGUCAAUCGUCAUGAAAUCUUUUUUCAGUCCUCCCUGCUCAAUUGAGAUAUACCUGUACACUGUCCCUAACAUGAUUAUUCCUCAAAUGAAGUCCCUGUUUUGCACAACACAAUAAACUUUCAACCAGGCUUUCUUCCUCACUAUUGGUUAACACUGGUUUGUCACCUAUUUUGUAUUUGUACCUUUCCUGGAGUUUGUCAUUUAAUGUGGUGUAUGGAACUGUGUAUUGCUCUGAGGAUUUCUGGAUCCUUAAUUGUCUUGAUUUGACAGUUUUCACUGCAUUAAAAUGGUUUGUUGUUAGAUUUUCGUGUUAGUACUAGAACCUUUUGGUAUACUCACAUAAUCAGAUUCACCCUACAAAAAUGCUAAUUUUGUAAUCAGGCCUGCAUAGUGACUAAGCAGUAUUAAAAAAAAACUGUAUCACUUAAAAUGUCCAUAUGCAAGCAAUAAUAUUGCAACUUACCAAUUACACUUUGGAAGUAACAGACACCAGCAGAAGUUUUCACACUGUUGUGUUGACUACACAAGUGUAGUGCAAGAACCAGACACCUAUUGACAAUGCGAUUUGCUGCUUGCACACUCCAACACACGAUUGUUGCUGAUAGAUUAGUCAAGAAUUCAUGAGAAUGGUCAGCUGCAAUGUAACUGCUAUGUUCAGUUAUCCAAAUGUGGAAAAACUGAUAAAUGAUCAGAUUGACACAACGUGAUCAGAUCCACCUCAUUUUCGCUGCUGUGCAUAGUUGUAAGCAAACAUAUAAAUUGCACUGUUAAAUGUAAAAAGUCUGAUCUCUUGAGAACUGUCACAUAUCCAAGAAAGUUUUAAAUGAUUAUGUACCCUUGCACAAAUUAUGGUAUUUGAUAUUUAUUAUUUAUAUCCCAUUGUAUAAUAUUUUGUAAAUUGUUUAAAAUACAACAUGGACAGUAAAAAAUAAAAAUACAUAUGUUCAUUUAAAAUCUUGUAAGGCCAAUUACCAUUACCUUAAUCUCAGAAUAUGCAUUAAUGACAUAUGGCACUUUCUUCCUGUAGCAUGAAAGUGACUUAUGAAAUGACAUUUCAGAGCAAUAGUAAUAGUAAAUGCUAACUUAACAUUCUUUGUCCUGUAAAUGUUCAGGAUCAAAGUUUGACUUGUACCAUAUAUUAAUUGUUCUGUUUUAAAAUUCAUCUCUUGCUUUGGGUAAAAGAUUUCUGCAUGGCUUUUUUACAAGUUGUAUGUGAAUCUUCUUUCCUGACUACUUCUUUGUUGAUGGUUUCUCCUACUGUGACGAGAUAAUGGAGCAUACAGUUGCUAGGA